AUGUUAUUUUACGGAACUCAUGCAUUUUAUCUACCAGGUUUAGCGCCUAAUGUAUUUUGCCGAAAAGCUGUAGAAGAUUCAAAAUGCAAAACAAAAGUUGAAGUAUUUGUCAAUCGUCUUGAUUCAGUCGAAUCUGUUUUACCAUAUGAAUAUUCUUAUUUUGAUUUUUGCACAAUCAGUGAUGAACCAUCACCUGUUGAAAAUCUUGGUCAAGUUUUAUUCGGUGAACGAAUUCGUCCAUCACCUUACAAGUUUGAUUUUCUUAAAAAUGAUGAUUGCCAUUUAGUAUGUACCAAACGAUUUACAUCAUCCGAUGCUUUACGACAAAAAAUGUUGAAACGUUUAAUGAAAGGAAUGGUUUUAAAUUAUCAACAACAUUGGAUUAUUGAUAAUAUGCCUGUAACAUUAUGUUAUAGAAAUACUGAAAAUCAAGAAUUUUGUUCGCGAGGUUUUCCAAUUGGUUGUUAUGUAACGAAAAGUGGUCAUUCAAAAGAAUCAUGUAAUAUUCGUGAUGGAAAAAAUGAUACAUUUUAUGUAUUUAAUCAUUUGGAUUUCGAAAUUACUUAUCAUAGUGGACAAGGUGAAACAUGGGGAAGUGCAUUUGGUGAAGAUGGUGGUCGUAUAAUUGCAGCUAAAGUACAAGUUAAUAGUUUAAAUUCUGAGAAAUGUGAUCGUAGUGCUGAACCACUUAUGUUCCAAUCAACAGCAAAAGAUGUUGAGAUUCCAUUUACAUAUAGUUUAAAAUUUGUAAAAAAUAAUGAUAUUCGUUGGGCUAGUCGAUGGGAUUAUAUACUUAAAUCAUUACCACAAACACGUAUUCAAUGGUUUUCAAUUCUUAAUUCAUUAGUUAUUGUAUUAUUUCUUUCUGGUAUGGUCGCUAUGAUUCUUUUACGUACAUUACAUAAAGAUAUUGCUCGUUAUAAUCAAAU